AUGAUUUGUGACAUCGCUUACGAAACCCGACUUCAUUUGCGUCUUUUCAAACAUGCUCAUAUUUCACUUCGCUUGCUCGUGUCAUUAUGCUCUUUCAAGCGACGUGUGGAGGGUUGCAGCCAGCAGGCGCCGCUUGUCCUCUGGGCAGAAAGAAAGACCUUGGGGGGGCCCCCGGUACCAGAGGAUGCGAACGCGUAUGGAAAACAGCUGCGAGAAAACUACCGUGCUUUCAAGAACAAGCAAGUCGAGUCAAAUAGUCCAAAGGAAUACAAUAGCUACACUGUGCCAAAUGAGAGUGUGCGUUCGCGAGUGGCCAUGGACUUCACGGGCAGCGUCGGUCGCAUCGUGGAGGACCCGAAAGAAGCCAAAGCCAUCGCCGUGGCCGAGGGCUACUCGUGGAAGCGCCGCUGGAGGCCCACUGCCCGCCACUCUGCCGCCACCAUGUGCCAUCUGCAAGGCCUCGAGUCCGGCGUGCACAUCACCCAGCCCUGGUUCCACAGCGGUAUGUCACGGGACCAAGCGGCUCAGCUGAUUAGCCGCCAUGGAACAGUGGAUGGAGUGUUCCUGGUUCGUGAAAGUAGGAGCUCUCCAGGAUCUUUUGUACUCACCUUCAAAUGUGGUUCCAAAGUUCUUCACACUCAAAUUCAACCUGUGAUGGAUCCAGUGCGGGAAGCACUGUGUUACUCGCUGGACAGUGGAGUCACCAAAUUUUACGACCUCCUGCAGCUUGUGGAGUUCUACCAACUGAAUGCUGGAUGCCUCCCUACCCGGCUGACUCACUAUGUUGUCCAAAGCCCUUCUGGACUCUUGCCUUCAGAGAAGUCUGUCGCUCAUAGUCCAGCCAGCUUCUGACUGAGGACUGGAUCACAGUCUACCCAACAGUGCUCUAGAUAAACUGUUUCUUAAUUGGAGUGCUAUGGGAGCUGAAGGAUUUCAGAUGAAUGAGUGAUAAAAUUUCUUUGAAGAAAUAAACAUUUCAAGAAUUCCCUAUGGUGAAUUUCUUAAGUGAUGAACAUGAAAAUGCCUUCUUUUAAAUUUUCUGUGGGCAUUUCAACAACUUCAUAUGAACAAUUCAGUCUGUGGAAGAAAGCAUCCUUUAUUGCUAAUCUAGAUGUAUUGCCAGAGCUGUCUUAACAAAUAGGUCCAGUAUAACUGAAGGACCAUGAAAGUUUGGGAAAUAUUACAAAUAAAUUGAUUUAAACAAGCCAAUAUACUGUAAAAUAAAAUUAAUGAAAUCAAGUAAUAUACACACAAUCCAAAACCAAAAAUUAAUUUAAAUUUUGAGGUAUUAUUAAAUUAUUUUGCCAAAUGAAUUUUUAAAAUGUGUUAAAGUGGUCUGAAGGUUAUGUUUUAAAUAACUAGCAAUUAACACAUCAUAGAAAACCCUUUAAAGUCCAGAUCUCUUCAAAAGUUUGUACUACACCUUAUUUAUGUAUUACUUAAGUAACUGGCCAUAAUUUUCUAUUUCGUAUGCCUAAAAUGUUGAACAAAAAAAUACAUUUGAAAAUUGCUAAAAAAUUAGUAAUAAUUUUCGUGGGACAUUGAACCCUUGUUAACUUUAAGACAGCUCUGUGUAUUGCAAAGAUUCUUUGAUAUCUUGUGAUCACUUUUUUAUGUCUUUGGAGGAAUCACAUGAACAUCACUUGUAUUGCUUUCGUGAUACCCACUUUCAGGUUAGUUUUUAAAUAAAUGAAGGAUCAGAAGAGAAGACUAUUUUCUCGAAUUGUAAAUGACAUUCUCAAUUGUAGAUUUUAACAAUACACUUCUUUUACAAUUUGGCAUACUUUGUAUAAACUGUUAAUGAAACAAGUAGAUGUGAUGUGGUGUUAAUAUUAUUUGAUGUAGAAUUAUUUUACUACAUUUUAAGAGUUGUUCCAUCAUCGGUAAUUGCAGAAAUGUUUGUAGAACUAUUGUAGAGUUUUAUCCAUGUCUUCUUAACUUUCAGAAAAUGUGUAGUGAUCCUUGUGCUUCUGAAAACUCAUGGUACAAAAAUAUACUAAUUCGUUGUUUGCUGGGUGUGAAAGGUUUUAUUUUAGUGGCACGUAGAAAUGAAAACUUUGUGCCUGAGAAUGAAUACGGAUGUACUGAAUGAAAAGAAUUGUAUAAAGUUGAUGCUGCUUCCAAAUACAAAGGAUAAUUGUGCAUUGUGUUGUUAAAUGAAUGAAUGAAUGAAUGUUAAGAAAGUAUUAUGUUUUAAAAUUAUUUAUAAUGAGUGUAUAAG